AUGGCCUUCUUCCCUCGUCUCACCGCUGGUGACUUCACCCCUCUCUUCCGUCUCUUGGACGACUACGAUCACCACCGUGCCUCAGGCUCACACGGCACCAAUAUCUGCUCAAUCCGAUCCUUCACCCCAAAAUUUGAUGUUCGCGAAGUCAAAGACUCCUACCAACUCGACGGCGAACUUCCCGGCAUCAACCAGAGAGACAUUGAGAUCGAAUUCACCGAUGAACAUACCCUGGUGAUCAAGGGCCACGCCAAGCGAGAAUACACCGCUACAAACGAGGACACCACAAACGACGACGCCGCAUCCACCAAGAGUUCCCACCAAGCCACCGUCGAGGACGAGGAUACCCCCGCGUCAUCCACGCCAGCGGAAACACCUACCACUGAAACCAACGAAGUUGUCAAACAGACCCCGAGCUCCAAGGCCGUGGGCAAAAAGCCAGGAUACAAGUACUGGGUCUCCGAGCGCUCUGUGGGCCAGUUCCAGCGCACUUUCUCGUUCCCGGCGCGUGUGAACCAGGAUGCGGUCGAGGCUAGCUUGAAGGAUGGAAUUCUGCACAUUGUUGUUCCCAAAGCUUCGGCGCCGACGACGAAGAGAGUCAAGAUCAAUUAA